AUGCUUGAUGAAACAAACCCCUAUGUUACUAAUUUUCAAUACAUUUCUAAUCUACCUGCUGAAAAUAUUGGUAAUCAAUCCAUGGUUAUUUGUGCUGAUAUUCCUGGUCUUAAUCAAAGGACUCACAAUGCCCCAACAGCAUCCCAAGUAGCAGCAAUCUGGAUUAAUGAUGACAUUCCCCAAAAUGUGGCUCAGAAACGUGAUAUUGUAUUGUAUACACAGAUGGAUCAGCUUAUUCACAUCUCUGAGCUUAAUGGAUGCUAUGAUCCCUUAGCUUAUCCACUUUUGUUUCCACAUGGUGAACAGGGAUGGGCUCCUAAUCAAAUUCCAUACAGAGACAUUCUUUCUGUCCCUGAAAUGAUGGAUAUUGAUGAAAAUCCUAAUGAUGAAAAUAAACACAACAUGGAACAUGAGCAUGAUAAUACCGGAAUACAACAUAGGAAAUUUGUGAGUACAAUGGAGUACUAUGCAUAUCAAUUUCAGAUUUGGCCCAAUUCCACCAAUCUGCUUUUACAAGCAGGAUGGCUUUUCCAACAUCUUCAAGAUGCAGUCUUGCAUGGUGACAAUAAUCCACAACACAUAGGUCAGAGAAUACUACUCCCUUCUGUGUUCAUUGGGAGUCCUCGUGACAUGAUGCAGAGAUAUCAAGAUGCAAUGGCCUUGAUGCACAUUGGUAGACCUGAUUUAUUCAUAACCAUGACAUGCAACCCAAACUGGCAGGGAAUUCAAAUUCUGUUGCAACCUGGACAAAGGGCUCAAGAUCGACCAGAUAUCACAGCAUGGAUUUUUCAAGAGAAAUUUCAAGAGUUAAAGAAAGAUAUUUUUGAAUGUGGAGUCCUUGGACAAGUCAUUGCAUACAUACAUGUCAUUGAGUUUCAGAAAUGGGGUCUUCCACAUGCACACAUUUUGGUUAUACUCCACCCAGAAGAUAAACCACAAACUCCUGAUGACUAUGAUAGUAUUGUCUGUGCUGAAAUACCUGAUCCAGUAGUCAAUCCCAAUGUGCAUGCCACAGUUGUUACCAACAUGUUCCAUGGACCAUGUGGAGAGCUUAAUCCCAAUUCACCAUGCAUGGUUGAUGAUGGUACAGGGCACAAACGAUGUUCCAAAGGAUAUCCUAAGCAAUUUAGGGAUGAAACUCUUCAAGGAGAAGACUUCUACCCUGCAUACCGUCGCAGACAAGAUGAUCAUUAUGUUAAAGCAAGAGCCUGCUGGGUUUCAGCUUCAGAAGCUGUCUGGAGGAUUCUGGGAUUUGAUAUGAGUGGAAUAAAUCCUGCUGUCACACAUUUGCAGGUACAUCUUCCCAAUCAACAAAGAGUUAUUUUCAAUGAAGAUGUUAAUUUAGUAGUAGUUGCAACCAGUCGAAUUCAACAAACAUCACUCACUGAAUACUUUAAAAUGAACAAUCAAGAUCCAGAUGCAAGGAACUUGCUCUAUUCUGAUUUUCCCAUGUAUUACACAUGGAAUAAGGCAACCAAAUCAUUAAAAAAACGUCAGCAUGGAGGAGCCAGGAGUUUUGAAGAACUUAAGAUUGUAGAUGGUGUUACUUGUGCCACUUUUAAAGAGAGUGCUCAAUGGAGGGGUUUCCUAGAAAAUGACAAUGAAUAUCAACAAUGUAUGACUGAAGCUAGAGAAUUCCAGAUGCCUAGCCAACUACGUUAUCUUUUUGCAACAUUAUUAGUCUUUGGAAAUGUUUCAGAUGUACAUCAACUAUGGACUGAGAACCUUGAAGCAAUGGCAAAAGAUUUUGCACAUAAUGGAAUCCCAGAAGGUGAACUCCAAGUUCAGGCAGUUCUUCAAAACUUGAAUAUGUUCCUACAAAGGCAUUCAAAGACUGUAGCUGAUUAUGACCUGCCAGAAUUAUCACCAGAAACAAAUGUUUUGGGAUUGCUAAAAACUCUUCUAGAAGAAUUAUCCUAUCAUAAUCUCAUAAACCAAAACAAAGGAGGUGUAUUGUUUGUUGAUGGUCCUGCUGGAAGUGGAAAAACCUAUCUCUAUGAUGGCCUCCUUGCCUAUGUACAAGCUAAUAAUAGGAUUGCGUUGGCAGUAGCUUCUUCUGGUAUUGCAUCAUUAUUAUUGCAUGGUGGACACACAACACAUUCUUGCUUCAAG